ACUGCGGUUUUGGGGCUUAUCUGCGCAGUUUCCGGUGGUAGGAGGAUGGCGGAGGUAUCGGUUGUAUAGUUGAGGGAGCGGCCGACGGCAUAAGCCCAACGCCCCUGGAUUUCCAUCACAACUCAGCAGUAUCGUCCUCUGGCCCGCUCUUGAAUUCUUGCUCAUUAUGUAGGCAGCUGGGCUGGCCCAUAGCGAGCGGCUCCUGCUUUCGGACGGAAUGGCUGCUACAGCGGAACUUUUCGAGGAACCUUUUGACGUUGAUGAGUACAUUGAACGUUUAGCAUGGAGGACACCAGGUGGCGGUUCCAAAGGUGGUGCAGAAGCCUUUGAUCCGAAAAGGCUUUUGGAAGAAUUUGUCAAUCACAUUGAGGAGCUGAAGAUGUUGGAUGAACGCAUUCAAAGGAGAGUGGAAAAACUGGAGCAACAAUGCCAGAAGGAAGCCAAGGAGUUUGCCAGAAAGGUUCAAGAAUUACAGAAAAGUAACCAGGUUGGUAGAUUUCAGGGAUAUUCUCACUGUGUGGAUGUUUAUAUAAAACAGUGCCAGGAGGGUUCAUAUUUCAGGAAUGAUUUAUUUGAAGAUACAGCUGCAUUAUGCCAACGAGUAAAUAAAGAAGUUCGUGAAGUCUUCAGCAGCCCAGAGAAUGUGAUGGCCAAACUCAUACAGAACAUUUUUGAAAUUAAACUUCAGAGUUUUAUCCGAGAUCGAUUAGAAGAAUGUAAAAAAUCUGAUGCGGAAGAAUAUUUAAAGAACCUGUACGAUCUGUAUACAAGGACCACAAGUUUAGCAAGCAAGUUAGCAGAAUUUGACCUUGGCACAGAUAAACAGACAUUUCUGGCUAAGAUGAUCAAAGGCAUUUUCAUUUCGUACCUGGAAAAUUAUAUCGAAAUUGAGACUGGGUACUUGAAAAAUAGGAGUAGUAUGGUGUUACAACGCUAUUACGAUUCCAAAAAUCAUCAAAAACGGUCUUAUGGAUCUGGAGGGAUUCAGGAUCUAAAAGAGCGAAUUCGCCAGCGUACCAACUUACCUCUGGGGCCAAGUAUUGACACGCAUGGCGAGACUUUUCUGUCACAGGAAGUAGUUGUCAAUCUUUUGCAGGAGACCAGACAGGCCUUUGAGAGGUGUCACAGGCUGUCUGAUUCUUCUGAUUUACCAAAGAAUGCUUUUCGGAUAUUUACUAUUCUCGUGGAGUACUUGUGUGUUGAGCAUAUUGACUAUGCUCUAGAAAUUGGACUUGCAGCAAUCCCAUCAACAGAUUCCAAGACAGGAUCUCUUUACUUUUUAGAUGUCGUACAACAGGCAAAUACAAUUUUUCAUUUGUUUGACAAACAGUUUAACGACCACCUCAUGCCACUGCUAAGUUCUUCUCCUAAACUGACUGAGUGUCUACAGAAGAAGAAAGAAGUGAUUGAACAGAUGGAAGUUAAACUGGAUACAGGGAUUGACAGGACGUUGAAUUGUAUGAUUGGGCAUAUGAAGCACAUCCUGAGUGUUGAACAAAAAAAGACAGACUUCAAGCCAGAAGACGAAAACAACGUACUAAUUCAAUAUACUAAUGCUUGUGUCAAAGUCUGUGGCUAUGUCAGGAAGCAAGUAGAAAAAAAUCGAAAUUCGAUGGACGGGAAGAAUGUGGAUACUGUUUUAACAGAAUUUGGAGUUCGCUUCCAUCGUCUAAUUCAUGAGCACCUUCAGCAGUAUACUUACAGUUCGAUGGGUGGCAUGCUGGCUAUCUGUGAUGUAGCGGAAUAUCGGAAGUGUGCCAAAGAAUUUAAGAUUCCCUUGGUGUUGCAACUUUUUGAUACGCUACAUGCACUCUGUAAUCUCCUGGUAGUAGCACCUGACAACUUAAAGCAGGUCUGUUCUGGAGAGCAUCUAACUAAUCUUGACAAGAACAUCCUUCAUGCCUUUGUGCAGUUGCGGUCUGACUACAGAUCAGCACGCCUCGGUCGUCAUUUCAGCUGAAAUUCUUUGGUGUUUGAAUCGGAAUACAGUUUCAGAGCUUGAUACCUGGACUUUUUGGGCUUAGGCUGUUUGGAACUUCGGAAGCUUUAAAUACAGGGCAUUCCAACCCCUGUUAUAUAGCCAUUUACAAAUAUAUUUGGGACAUUUGUGACGUCACUAAAAAGCAGCCAUUAUUGAACUGUUUCAUUGAAAAACAGGCUGAGUUAAUCCAAGUCAAACACGGUAAUAUUUUUGCACAAUUUAUGCUCUAAUGAUUAUCUGGAGCUGAACCUAUCAGAAGCUACUAACAUAAGUCAGUUUGCAUACGUAACAAAAUUUAGUUCAUCAUUAAAUACAAUCAGGGAGGUUGUUGAAGCACUGAAUAAUAAAUUUAAAGCUCAGUUCUAUAAACACGUGUUUGAAGAAAAUGUACAGUGUUUUAUCCAGGUAUAAUGGAUUCACUUCCUCUUAUUGUACACAGAUGUAACACUAUAUUACUAGGAGUGUAUUUGUUUAUACAGGUCUUUGAUUAAACAGCUACAGCAGGUGCCUCAGCAUAUCGAACGUAUUGCUUCAUAGGUUAUUUUGUUCAUGAUGAAAUGGGGUGAGGGUUGAGGCGGUUGUAAUGUGUUUCUGUUAUGCCAUUCAUAUGUAGGUUGACUUAGCUUUAGUAUUAAUGAGCUGCUGCAAAUAGUGCUCGAUUAAAUACAUGAUACCUUUGA